UUGUCUGAAGAAGUCUGAACAGGAAAUGAUUCAUCCUCAUUCAACACUCUAAAACCCUAGUUAGCUGCUUGAACCCUUCUCUCAAUUUAAACUCCUAUCUCCUCCUUCUUCAGUGCUCACUCCCCUUAAACCCUAGCCGAAUCGCAUCCCUCUCUCUCAGUGGAAAAAAUGCCGCUCGGGGAAAUGGUAGGGGACAAGAGUGACUCGCGCUACUGCGGAGUCGAGGCAGAAUUCAUGGAUAACAUGCCUCAACUUCUAUAUAUCAAUAUAAAUGGAGGUUUCGACUUUGUUGCUGCUCCCUUGAUGGAUCCCAGUUAUAGGCCUAGCUUAAUGGACUGUACCAAUGGGAUCCCUGUUCCACCAUUUGCUGGUUCAGACUUAGUCUUGAGUCCUUCUCAGUGGAGCGGUCAUGUUGUUGGAAAAAUUAGCUCAUGGAUUGAUUUGGAUUCAGAAGAUGAGACACUUCGAAGUGACUCUGAAAUCACAAUUAAACAGGAAAUAGCAUGGGCCUCACAUCUGUCUUUGCAGGCAUGUCUUCUUCCUACCCCUAAAGGAGUAUCAUGUGCUAAUUAUGCAAGAUGUGUUAAUGAGAUAUUACAGAAUCUCAAUACUAUGCAGCUAUGGCUCAGAAUACCACUUGAGAAAUCUGACGAAGAUGCCGGGGAUUCAAAUUCUAAUCAUACGACUGAAGGAUUGGUUGAUGCUUGGGAAUUAUGGAAUUCAUUUCGCCUUCUCUGUGAACAUCACAGUCAGUUGUCAAUUGCUCUUGAUGUCUGGAGUUCUCUACCUUCAAUAAAUUCAGUUGAACGUUGGUUUGGGGAGCCUGUCAAAGCAGCCAUUGUUCAUACUGAUUCUUUUCUAACCAAUGCCAAAGGUUAUCCAUGCCUUUCUAAAAGGCACCAAAAGCUAGUCAAUGAAUUAUUCAACCAUUCAAUACAGGUAAUAAUUUCUGGAAAUCCUGUCCUUGAUGUUCCACUGGCAGCCUCUAACACAGCCACUGGUACUAUAAGACAUCCUUUACGUCCAUAUUUGGAUUACAUAGGUUAUAUGUAUCAAAAGAUGGAUCCUAUUCCAGAACAAGAACGCUUUGAGCUUGGUUACAGAGAUUUUUUGCAGUCGCCAUUACAACCUCUUAUGGAUAAUUUGGAGGCACAAACAUAUGAAACAUUUGAAAAAGAUACGGUCAAAUAUACUCAGUAUCAAAAAGCAGUUGCCAAGGCUUUAUUGGAUAGGGUCCCUGAUGAAGACACAUCAACUGUUACAACGGUACUAAUGGUUGUUGGAGCUGGACGAGGACCUCUUGUUAGGGCAUCAUUACAGGCAGCUGAAGAAACAGGACGAAAGUUGAAAGUUUAUGCAGUGGAAAAAAAUCCAAAUGCAGUUGUUACUCUGCAUAGCUUGGUCAAGUUGGAAGGCUGGGAAAAGUUAGUAACUAUUGUUUCUAGUGAUAUGCGGUGUUGGAAUGCACCAGAGAAAGCAGACAUUUUGGUUAGUGAAUUGCUGGGGUCUUUUGGUGAUAAUGAACUAUCACCAGAGUGUCUUGAUGGGGCACAAAGAUUCUUAAAAGAGGACGGAAUAUCAAUUCCUUCAUCGUAUACAAGUUUUAUCCAACCAAUAACAACAUCAAAGCUGUACAAUGAUGUAAAACUCCAUAAAGAUCUUGCUCACUUUGAAACUGCAUAUGUUGUUAAACUUCACCGUGUUGCUAGGCUUGCUCCUACAAAGCCUGUCUUUACAUUUGAUCAUCCAAACAUCUCAACUAAUAAAAGCAAUCAGAGGUACAUAAAACUUCGUUUUGAGAUACCCCCUGAUACUGGUUCAGCCCUAGUUCAUGGAUUGGCAGGUUAUUUUGAUGCAGUGCUGUACAAAGAUGUCCAUCUUGGCAUUGAACCUUCAACAGCUACACCUAACAUGUUCAGCUGGUUUCCAAUAUUUUUCCCGUUGAGGCAGCCUGUUCUUGUAGCUCCAGGAUCCCCUUUCGAAGUCCACUUUUGGCGUAGAUGUUCUACCAAGGUUUGGUAUGAAUGGUGUGUGACUUCUCCAACUUCAUCUGCGGUUCAUAACAGCAGCGGUCGCUCGUACUGGGUUGGUCUCUAGGAUCCCAUCCUUUUAUAGGGGGCAGAGAGGCCAGUUUAUUCUGUGAAGGCAAUUUUCUAGAGGUGGUGCUUUACAGUUCUAUCUAUAUAGAGAGCUAUGGUGGUGGAGAAUGGACUUGUCUUGGAUAUUAUAAAGUGGUGCCAACUGGCAUACAGCGUCGAAGUGUCUUCUGCCACAUCAUCAACAAAAGUUAUCCAGACACUAUUUUUCUUUAAUUAAUUAGAAUUAUACUUCUUUCUUAAUAUUCAUCAUUUUUAAUCCCUAGUAAGUAGAAUUCUAUUUUGCAGCAAUAUAUAUUAUCUUUUUGGGGGGCAAAAAGUGUUCUCUAUAAAUGAUCAACAAAUUUUGUUACCU